UGGUCGCCAUCUUGCGUACGGAGGUGCGGCUUGUUGCCUCGGAGUCUGACGGCUAGGCGUUUGGUUCUUCCAACUCUCUGCUCUGGUGCUAUUUGAGUGUUUCUUUCACUUUCACAGAGAUUUUUGUCUUGUAGGAGAAAAAAAUUUUUUUUGGCGAGAUAAAGGUCAUAGAAGAUGCCUUGUGGUAAAGUUGAAGCUAAGUUCUUGGGACCUGGGAAAGAACUAACAAAUGAACCACGCUAUAAAAAAUUGAAAUCAGCUGCGGAAGCUUGUAUUUUCCCACAUCAUGGCAGUGUUAAUUUUCUUCAAGAGGACAAAACCCAAGCUACAGAUUUACAGAAACCUUUGCAUAAUGAGAUGCCUUGUAGUAGAUUAGAUGUUGUUGAAUCCACUGGUUCACAAAUUUUACAAGAUGGAAAACCUCCAUUAGUAUCAACAGAUGAUGAAAUAUAUAGUACAAGUAAAGCAUUUAUAGGACCUAUUUACAAACCCCCUGGGAAAAAAAAAAGUAAUGAAAGGUGGAAUGAAACAGACACUCUCAGUGGUACAAAUGGCAAAGGAAGACAAGAGAAGAAACGGAAAUUCAACACCAAAAAAUUAGAGAUUGACACUGAAUUAUCACAGUUUUACAAAGAAAUCGAAGAACUUGAAAAUGAAAAAGACAAUUCUGAAGUCAAUUGGAAGGAAUUCGAACCUUCUCAGGAACAAUUUACUUCAUAUUAUGAGGGCUAUAAUAAUGAUGUCUUAAAAUGUGAUGAUGCAAGUAAAGAUCCUAAUAUUGUUCCUCAGUCACACUGUGGUUAUCAGCAGUACUUGGGCAGUGAACCAGGCAAAUAUGGCUGUGAUGGACAAGUAAUACCUACAUUUUGUGAUACUUCAUUCACUUCUUUCAGGCCAGAACAGGAAUCGUUGCAUUCCUUCAUUGUGCCCUAUGGUCCCCCUCUUCCUAGUUUUAACUAUCAUUUAAAUAUUCAAAGAUUGAGUGCUCCACCAAGUCCAUCACCAAAUAUUUUCCAUGCUCAAGGUGACUAUCAGAUUCAAAAUGGAUAUGCUGUAAAUAGUUGUCAUAUGAACUGGAAUUCUUUGACUUUUGAUCAGAACAAUGAAUAUACUGACUAUAGUGGGAAUAGCAGUAUUGUUUAUACCCCUAGAAAUGGCUGUAGUGGGCAGGAUGGCUAUAUGAAUAGUGGUUUACAUGAAAUCAAGGACGGAAGCUGGAAAGAGCCUCCUAUAGACAAGCAUGAUGGAAUGGACAGUUUUAUAAACCAACAGUUACAAGAAGAAAAGUUAAAUAAGUUACAGAAAUUACUUAUUCUUUUAAGAGGUCUGCCAGGUUCUGGGAAAACCACAUUGUCUCGAAUUCUGCUUGGUCAGAGUCGUGAUGGUAUUGUGUUCAGCACUGAUGACUAUUUUCACCAUCAAGAUGGGUACAGGUAUAAUGUUAAUCAGCUUGGUGAUGCCCAUGACUGGAAUCAGAACCGAGCAAAACAAGCUAUUGCUCAGGGGAGAUCCCCAGUUAUAAUAGACAACACUAAUACACAAGCUUGGGAAAUGAAACCGUACGUGGAAAUGGCCAUAGGAAAAGGAUACAGAGUAGAGUUUCAUGAACCUGAAACUUGGUGGAAAUUUGAUCCUGAAGAGUUAGAAAAGAGGAAUAAACAUGGUGUGUCUCGAAAGAAGAUUGCUCAGAUGUUGGAUCGUUAUGAAUAUCAAAUGUCCAUCUCUAUUGUAAUGAAUUCAGUGGAACCGACACAGAAAAGCACACAAAGACUCCCUCCUCCACAGGGAAGCCAGAGAGAAAGAGUUUUGAAGAAAACUGGGCAUAAUAUAUUCAGCAAAACCAAGCAGAAGAGAAACAGACAAAGAAACAAAAAGCUUAAGAGUGUUAGUGAAAACUCAUUUGAAGCCUUAAAUUAUUUUACACCGGAAUAUCAGGACCCAGUUCCAAGUGAAAAAGUUUUUGAAGACACAAAAGGAGAAUCAAUUUCUCUCUUAACUGAUGGUUUACAGAGUAAACAAGGGAAUUUUGCGAAUGGCUGUAAGGAAAGUAGUUGGAAAAACAUAGAUCCUGAAGAUAGUUUUCCAAAUGUCAUCCCUACAGUUGAAUUGGACAGCUUGUCAAAGAAUUACUUUCCUAGGGAAGAUGAUGACUUGUCAUCAGUGCCAAAUGUUACUAGUCCAACACAGACUCAAAAUCUUCCCUGUGUAAUGAGGAAUGACUGUUUUGGCAUGAAAGUAGAAAAACAUAGUAAAAAUAGUUAUAAUUUGUCAAUAGAUACCCAUGACCUAUUUCAUGAAACCCCAUCUUCACUCAGGAAGAAGAGAGAGGUAGUUAAAAGCCUCUCAAAUGAACCAGUCCCAUACUAUCAGUGUACAUCUAGAAGUUCAGAUGUUUUAAGAGAAGAACAAGGAGAAAACAAAAAUGAGAACAACUCUUGGGCUUUUUUCACAACCAAUUUAUCUAACAAAGAAUUACAGCUAGGCCCUGACAGUCAACCCUGUUUUGGUAGCUGGCCUGAGGGAACUCAUAUGUUUGUGUGUGAACAAAGACCAAAGAAAGAUAGAUCACGUAAAGUUACCUGUCCUGACAACAGGAAACAAAUGAUUAAAUUGAUUUCUACUUCUGAAGGAACAUCAGAACCAGAAAACAGUCCAGAAAUAUUGAUAGAGGAGAAGCUACUGAUGGAAAAUGAAGAUUUGUCACCUUCAAAUAAAACUACAGAUUCAUACAUAGAAACAGAAACAAAUAUAUUCAGAAGCCCUUUACUUCAACUGGAUAUCCCAAAGGGUGCCUCAGAACCAACAAAGAAUAAGGAAAAGAUACAGAAAAGGGUUUUCAGUUUGGUACCAAACUUUAAUUUACUGGAACAGAGUAAUGCCAAUGCAAAAGAGAGGGAGAAAUGUGCCCUAUUAACAGAAAACUCUGAACUGAGUAUUAUUUGGGGAAAAGAAAAUGAUAAAAUUUCAGAAAUAAAUAAUGAAGAAGAGGACAAACAAAAAGUUAUGGCCUUUAAUCAUCAGCCAUUAUGGUUUUACCUUGCUAUCAUCAAAGAUUCCCCUUCAAGUAUUGGUGUUCAGUUUUAUUCUCAUUAUCUGUCACUUAACAGACCAGGACACACACUAUAUUUCUGCAAAUACCCUAUUCCUUCUCUUGUACUGCAUUACAUUUCUAGCUUUUGGCUAGUACUUUUUACCAACAAAAAAAAAAUUUUGAAUUUCAAGUCUCAGACAAGAUUAGUUAAUAAACUAAAUGAUGUAGGGUUUCUUUCUUCAGAAAUUUUUAGUGGCCAGCCUCAUACUUUAUGCUCUUUUAGGGUUACUUCUGAACUUCACUUUUUAAAUGAACAAUUUGAUGACAAGCUGAAGAGACAGGAAGAAUCUAAGCCAUUCCCAUGCUUCCCUACUAAGAACAGACAAGAUUUAAUAAGUACUGGUUUUAAGUUCCUUGGGCUACCAUUAUCACAAGACUUUGCCUUUCGACUAGUAAAGGUUUUCAGAUCUCCUGGAUUUCCAAUGGAAUCCUUGUUGUCUGAUAACUAUGUGAUUCCCUUCGACUGGAAAACACUGAAGAUGAUCUGUUUGCAAUGGAAGAUGUCAGCAGAGAAAAAGGAUGACACUAACUAGAACUGAGAAUUCCUUAAACUUUGAGUUGUCUCAUCUCCAUGGUGCCGCUGAAAAUCCUGAUCAUCAAGCAAAGUCAGAGUACUCUGUGUGGACCCAAAAGAUUCUUUCCAGAGAUGUACCUGUUGGAUGCUAAAGCUGGUUUGGAUAAUCUAUUUAAGUGCUAAUUUAAAUAAUAACAAAAUCAACAGAAGAAGUAACAAUUUAAACAUCAUAGUAUCUAAUUUGAAGAUGUUUGCUAUUAUUUUAUUUUGUUAUAUAGAAGACAAUAAGGUACAGAACAUGUAGGUAGCUUAUUUUUUUAGAUUGCAUUAAGUUUGGAAGGGUAGGCCAUAUAUCCAAGUAUUGGUCUAUAACUGAAUUUCUAGAAUUGUGAAAUCCAAAAGACUUUGAAAACUAGAUGUUUUAUGGUUUUAAACUUUCGUUGUGGUAAAAUACACAAUAAAAUUUACCAUGUUAGCCAUUCUUUUUUUUUUUUUUUCAUUUAUAUCAUUUAUUU